AUGCCUGCUACCGGAGCCCUCUGAAUGCUACCGGGUACCUUCAAUUAAAUGUGUGAUACUGGUGACUGUUUCAGUUAGGUUUCCUCCAUUUGUGUCUGUGUUUGUGUGUGAGAGUAUGGAUUGUGAUCAUUGGUGUGUCAGAGUAAUAUUACUGCAGAAAGCCACCAGGUGACAGUGCUGGGUAAAUGCAUGUUGUAACGACAUCUGAACAAAAGCCUCGCCUCACACAAGUAUUAUUAUGUUAAAUGAACGAUUAUUGCAUCGUAGCCCUUUAUAUAAAAAAUGAAAUUGUAAAGCAUGUAUAGCCACUGUAUUUGUGUGCAUGGAGUACAUGGAGUGCGUGUACGUUGAAACCAAAAGCCAGCGUGGCCGUACAAUGUGGACACUUAUUUUAAUUUGAUAUCAGUCUGGUAUCAUAUUACAGUGGAUCAUAUCAUAUUAUAGUAGAUGAUAUCACCCUUCCAUUCCGCAGUAUGAGUUUGCAGCUGCGCAAUUUACGUCAUAAAGGAUGUCAGUGGCAAAAGAUCUACUUCCGCCAUAUACUUUCAAAAUAAAACGCCGAAUUAAAUACGAUCCUUUGUGCUCCCCCCAGUUGGCCUCGUUUUAUGUUUUGCUUUAUUAAGACAUCCACGGUAGACCGCCGGUGCUGCACUCGAUCGGCGGUGGUUUGACACAACCUCAACAAUGGAGAUAGGUGUCGGGACAAUGCUUAGUUGACGCGGAGAUCGGACACGAGAGAAGACGCGGGGGCAGCGGCGGCUAAGGAGGACACCCCCAGUCAUAUCGUCGAAACCACCGCCCCCCCCCCCCCUCGCUCCCUAGACCCCGGUAUUGACAUGCCGCUCGGCGGGGUGGGUGUAGCCCGACAUACCAGCCACCCUACAAUGGGCUGUGUGCCAUCGGCUCAACUCGGAGAAUCCUCUUGCAGCUGCCGAAGAUAGGACCGAGGCAUCGGACCGAGUCGGUGACGGUGGCCUGUCCGCUCUUGUCCUGCGCUUCUCGGCCCGGUGUCUGGCAGCGUGCCGCGCGCGGUGCGCAUUGGCGGGUGGAGUAGGAAGAAAAAAAGAAAAGAAAAACAGGCCUCCGUGAGACCCCCCCCCCCCCAUUUUUUAGAUGUCGAAACUGAGUCUUCUUCAAACAGCGUGGUCGCGAGUCGGUUUUUGUUGGAUGGAGUGAAUCGUGCAGAAAGGGGACAGACAACAGAGCGCAGUUCGGUCGCGUGUGAUGAUAGGAGACACAAUGACGCUCUUGUCUCUUCUGGGUCGGAUCAUGCGUUAUUUUCUCCUCAGGCCGGAGACAUUGUUCCUGCUUUGCAUAAGUCUGGCGCUGUGGAGCUACUUCUUCCACACGGACGAGGUGAAAACCAUCGUCAAGUCCAGCCGGGACGCCGUGAAGAUGGUGAAGGGGAAAGUGGCGGAGAUGAUGCAGAACGACCGGCUGGGAGGCCUCAGCGUCCUGGACGCCGAGUUCUCCAAAACCUGGGAGUUCAAGAACAACAACGUGGCCGUGUACUCCAUACAGGGGAGGCGGGAUCACAUGGAGGACCGCUUCGAGGUGCUCACCGACAUCGCCAACAAGAGCCACCCGUCCAUAUUCGGGAUAUUUGACGGUCACGGUGGAGAGGCUGCGGCUGACUAUGUGAAGGCCCACCUGCCAGAAUCCCUGAAGCAGCAGCUGCAGGCCUUUGAGAGAGAGAAGAGAGAGAGCGCCCUCUCUUACGGCAGCAUCCUCGAGCAGCGCAUCCUCACCGUGGAUCGGGAGAUACUGGACAAGCUCUCUGCCAACCACGAUGAAGCAGGAACGACAUGCCUAGUAGCCCUGCUGUCAGACAGAGAACUAAUAGUGGCAAACGUGGGAGACUCCCGCGGCGUCUUGUGUGACAAAGAUGGAAACGCCGUUGCACUGUCACACGACCACAAGCCGUACCAGCUGAAAGAGCGCAAGAGGAUCAAGAGGGCAGGAGGUUUCAUCAGUUUUAAUGGGUCCUGGAGAGUCCAGGGGAUCCUGGCUAUGUCCCGCUCUCUAGGGGACUACCCACUUAAAAACCUCAACGUAGUCAUCCCCGACCCCGAUAUCAUGAGCUUUGACAUGGACAAGCUGCAGCCCGAGUUCAUGAUCCUGGCCUCAGAUGGCCUGUGGGACGCUUUCAGCAACGAGGAGGCCGUCCGGUUCGUCCGCGAGCGCCUGGACGAGCCUCACUUCGGCGCCAAGAGCAUCGUCCUGCAGUCUUUCUACCGCGGCUGCCCCGACAACAUCACCGUCAUGGUGGUGAAGUUCAAAAGUGGCGCUGGGGGGAGCAGUAAGGCGGGGGAGUAGGUCAGAGUAAAGAUCGGGGCUCGCAUUGUGAUCAAUUGUUGCUCAUCAAUGAUUUCCCACAACUUGUGAGUGUGAGGUGAGGACUGGAGGAGGUCUAAGUAUGGACACUGAAUACCAAACAUGUGUGCGCACAUACAGACGCACAUGCAAAACACUCAUAACAAUAACCAGGUAAUGUUUGACUUUGUGUGUAGGUUUUGGAUUGACACAAGGGCAUUAACACAAUGCACACUUCUCAUAACCAUCUGUUCAAUUAAUGAUAAAUGCAUCAAAUUGGAAGAAAAAAAAAAAGCAGUGAAGAUGCAUUAACACAGAUAGACUGCAGUCUCUUUCUCUCAACCAGCACACGUUAGACUGUGAUUGAAUGACUUGUUUGCUGUACAUUCAUAUAUAUGGUGAAGCUCCACUGGAGACUUCUUCAAAGAAGGCUUCAACUAGUGCCUACCUAAGAAACACUAGCUACUAACAUGCAUUUGCGAUUACCCCCUCCCUGCUUGCUGCAUUUUGAUGAUUAAUGUAUGCGUCUGUCACAUGGCCUGGGAAAUGUUGUCAAAUACAAAAAGACUCCAGUGGAUCUAUAGCUUUUUUUUUUUGGACUUGAAGUGAUGCUGCGCCUAAAAUCUAACUCUUGAGGGUCAAAUAUUCACCAUCUGCAGAAUUGAGAGGUAGCUCUUAACCAUAGUUUUGUCUUCUGGCUGCAUUCAGCUUGGAAGAGGCUUUGACCAAUCACAGGUCCCACUACUUCUCUUUGGGUUUGAUUUUGUUAAACAUUUAUGGUGCUUGCACAUCUAUUACAAAGAACUGUCUUUAAGUUAAAACAGACAUUGUAAAUGUUUAAGAAGGAAACCUGAGUGAAUGUCAUUCCAUUUAGUAAUAAUGUAAGUAAACGGAAUUAGUAAUACAUUUUUACUUAGCAUUUUUAAAGGACUUAAAUGUAGAUUUGAAAAAUCAAUUUAUACCUGUAACAACUUUCUUAAAUGUAUUAAUUAUUUAUAUUUGAACAAAGACAAAAUGAAUCCAUGUGUGUAAGUGAGGACGUGUUUGUGGUAAACUGCAAUAGGAAGUUAAACCAAUGAAUGAGUUGAGGGUAUCGUUGAUGCCGCCUUCAUCAUUGAAGGCUAUAAAACUGCAAUAUUUUACUUCCGCUUUUCACUUGCAGACUGUUAAUGAUUCUCAGAAGAGAGAUUCUUGGUGGAGUAUUACUUCAACGCAUGCAAACAGACACACCAUUAUUAGGAAUGAUGAAUUACCAGCCAAUGUAAAUUCUCUCCAUCCUCAGAAAUGCAAGAGGGUUGUGUAUGUAUAACUCAUACCUUAGUUUUAUGGAGCUAAAGUGUUCCACCAAAGUUGUUUUUAGACCCUCUGUAUCAGCAUGUUCUUCUGCUUAUUCAUGUUCACCAACAAAGUACAUGUUCACAGCGACAAUGGUGCCUGCUUUUUGACCUGGGAAGCGCACGAAACAUGAGGUGCAUGCCCCCCCCCCCCCCCCGACUCCCUGCAAUCACACACACGCCUCAGAAAAGGACUAAAAGCUGACACAUUGUGAACUGUACAACCGGAAUGCGAGUAGCUUAUGAUAUGCUCCUGCAGCAAUACAACAGCAACCUGUGAAACUUUUAUUUGAUGUGGUUCCAUGUUGAAAUGCAUUGUACCACUGUGUUUGUUUAAUGUCCUUUGCAUCAGUUGAAAGACAUCUUUUUUAUUUAGCGGUUUACCGAAUGCCUUAUUUAUUUGAGUUGGAUUUCCAAAUGAGUAUGGUAUAUAAUAUAUUUUGACUUUCUGUAAAUUACCCUUCACUUUUUUUUAAGAGGCAGUUCAUACCUGUUGAACUGAUGCUGUAUGUAAAAAGAAAAUUCAGCUGAGAAAUAUCAGUAUGUACACUGUCAGUAAUAAACUAACUCUUUGAUCUUGAA